AUGGCCGUGAAACUUGAUGAAUUUUCUUCCUCACUGGAUGCGGUCGCGAUCCAGGCCGGUGAUGUAGUUACCGUGCCGCAUCUCAUCACGGACAUGCUUCCAUAUCUAGACCUCCCAAUAAACGAGCAUCAUCGCCUGCAUCUGCUGCGAAUCGCUCGCCUUCUCGUGCAGGCCUUGGAGACUCCACGGGAGACUGUGAUUAGACUGUGUUGGGCAGAGCCAACCCUAUACGGUGCUAUCAUUGUUGCUAUCGACUGUGGGAUUUUCUCGUACAUGAGCCAGACCCCGAACGAGCCCGUACCGGUUGAAUACCUUGCUCGGGUCACUGAGAUGGAUCCAAUUCUAACCAGUCGGCUCAUGAAACAUCUAUCGGCGAUGGGCAUAUUUCAAGAGAGUGCACCGGAUCUCUAUCUUGCCACGAAUUUAUCCAAAGCACUAGCUCUCUCCAAGUACGCUGGUGGUUUUACUUGCAUGGCGGAAGGCGCAAUGAAAGCGAUUUACAGGCUUCCGGAAUAUUUUCGAUCCACUGGAUAUCGCAACCCGGAUGAGGCUACCGCAGGCCCUUUUCAGUUUGCCUAUGAAACUUCUCAGCACUGGUUCCAAUGGGUGUCAGAGCGUCCUGCAAUAUGCCAGCAAUUCAAUCAUCAUAUGAGUGCAUAUCAUCAAGGUCGGCCAAGUUGGAUGGACCGCGACUUUUAUCCCGUGGAGAAUGCCCUUCUCAACCUUGUGAAACCUGGUCCAAACGCGGUCCUCUUAGUAGAUAUUGGUGGUGGAUUCGGCCAUGACCUACAAGAAUUCCAUCAAAAGCAUCCAUCUGCCCCGGGAAGACUUAUCGUGCAAGAUAAGGCCGAUGUGAUUCAACAGGUUCCUAACGAACCGGGAAAAGUCGAGUUCAUGGCCCACGACUUUUUUACCGAACAACCUAUCAAAGGUGCAAGGGCGUACUAUCUUCAUUCGGUCCUACAUGAUUGGCCUGAUGCAGAAUGCAGGCGUAUCCUACGACACAUCUCAGACGCAAUGGCUCCCGGAUAUAGCAAGCUACUCAUCAACGAGAACGUCGUUCCUGAUCAGAAAGCGGACUGGCAGAUUACUGGGCUAGACUUGAUGUUGAUGACUCUUGCGUCUGCUCGAGAACGACGAGAAAGUGAAUGGCACCAACUUCUUACGGAUGCAGGAUUUAUGAUUGUCCAUAUUUGGAGUCAUAUCAACGGCGGAGAAAGUUUGAUAGAGUGUCAGUUGGCAUAA